AUGCGUGAAAGUUACAUUUUUUCUGUAGCCAGAAGUCUGGGACGAGGUAACGAAUCCAAUAUGGCGGCCAAACCGAAUUGUUUGAUAGUUUGCAGCUCUGCAACUCAAGGUAGGGAUAUUGUUUAUUCCUGACUCGUCAGGUAAUAAAAUUUAAAGAAUCUAAUAAGUAUAAUUCUUUUGGUCUUCAAUAGCUUAUACUUGCUAAAGGACAGUCCUGAAACUUGGUUCUGGUAUAUUGGUACUGUCAGAAAACAUAAUUUUCCAUGGCAUUAAUAUCUUAAUUUGUUUAAGAUAUCAUAACUGUAUAAUCUAUACAUUGUUUGGUCUUUGUUUUUGUUUUCAUUUACACCAGGAUAUGAACCCCAAGUUGGAGAGUGUAAAUAAAAUAUCACAAGGUUUUUAUCUGUCAAAUAAGGAUGUUUCCUUUGUUUAAUAAGCUUAAUUUUUUGCAUAUUUUUAUACCCCUUAGGCGUCUCUGCUCAAUCUUUCAUUCACGCAUUUACACUGACACAUUCUGUGUUCAAUGUACAGAUUGCAACACCUAAGGUAGGAAAAUCAAGCUUUCAAAUCCAUCCAAUCCUCAGUUUAGAUUAAACUUGAAGCAAUUUCCCAAAAUAGAUAAGCAUAGGGAAGGUGUGAUAUAUAAUACAGUACAUCAUAGUUAGUAGUGGGGACUACUAACUAUGAUUUCAUGUAGAUAAGAUCAUGUUAAGCGUAUUUAUUGAGGACUUUAGAGGAGUCAAUGCAGCGGUGUUACCAGUGUGCAAAUGCCUAUCCCACCCCUCCCUAUUUAAAAGUGAGUAAUGCUUAUACCCCUCAGAAAUUGAAUGACCAUUACAUGCCAAAAAAAGAGCUGGCUCAUGCUUUGAACAUUUACAAUAAUUAUAAUAAUGAGUGUCUGUGAGUUCCUGUAGAUGGUCUUUCAGGAUAGAUGCUAGUCUGUUACAAAGUUGUUAUUCAGAAAAUGUUUCUUUGUAACUUAGGUGCUUGCACAUGUGUGUGAAAAAACCUCUAAACGAGCAACUAGUGAUCUGAUAGUUUAGAUUGUGUAACAUUUAAUUUGUCACAGGCCUUUACAGUGUCCAGUAUAGUCAGUGUGGUUCCUGAUCCUUAAGGCUAGCCUUUUGUAAUGCAGCAAUAAAUAAGAUAAAAAAUUCAGGUAUUUAGUAUUGUUUGUUUAUUGGAAUCCUAGGGCCAGCAAAUAGACUUUGUGAAGUCUGAUGAAAACAGCAGGAAAUGGUUAAAUGAGUUUAGAACAAAACCAUUCUCAGUUCCAGGAAAACUUGAAGAUGUUGAUGGUAAAAAGUUUUUAGAUGAUUUACAGAAUGUUUCAGUGUAGGAGUAAUGGAAACCCCUAAAGGAUUGUUUCUGGCUGGAACUAUCUGUCUGUUGGAUGAGAGAUAAUGAAAUUUUUUUUCUUUAAGGGGUUUGCACAGUCUUGAAAAGUCCUUGAAUUUAAGGUGGAAUCCUUGAAAGGUCCUUGAAUUUUCUUCAACUUUGAAUGUAGUGGCCUGGAAAGUGUUUUUUAAAUGCUUUUUGGUUGUCCAAGGUAUAAUAUAAAUCAUAGCUCAGAGAAUGUAGAGGUGAUUCACAUAAAGAGUUUUUUGUUUAUAUGCAAGAAUUAACUGUCAAUUGAAGACAAGAGAACUGAAAAAUGUAGAGAAGUUGGUAGCUCAAGCAGUUUAAGCCUUUAAAGUCCUGUUUGCUUGGACUGGGAAUGUGCAUUUUUGUACUGUGAAAUUAUAUUCCUGCUAGGUGGUCCUCGAAAAUCAAAUGUGGCCCUUGAAAAGUUCUUAAGAAAUGGUUGCAAUUUUUAGUAUGAACCCUGUCUUUAAGGAUGUGGUAAUAUGUUAUGAUUGUAUUGUUAUUAAUAAUCUCAUGUAAAUGACUGACUUUUUCUUUGUUAACACUGUUAAAAAAAUAAUUUUUUUCUGCUGUAGCUUCCAGGUAUGGGGCAGUAUUAAUACCAAGUGCUCCAGGAGCACUCUAUGACUUGGCUCAAGACAAUGAGUUGGCAAAGCUUCUUAAUACAUUUGUCCAGGAAAAAAGUGAGUGCAUGCAGUUACUAGUCUAUUUCUCACGACAUGCUUGAGGGAAUCAAAGACAGUCUUGGAUUCUGGAUUCCUGAUUCCAGGCACUGAAUUCCAGAUUCUUGGUCAGUGGAACUUGGAUUCCAGACAUUUCCAGUCAUUGAUAGGAUUCUGUCCAUAUUCCUUGAGCUGUAAUGUGGAUUGUCUGCUGGCUGCUACAAUGUUUUUUUUAUUAUUAUUAUUUAGAACCCAUCUGUGCUGUUGGACAUGGUGUUGCAGGGCUUUGUUCAGCAAGAAGAGAAGACAGAAAAUCUUGGAGUUUCAAGAGCUAUAGUUUGACAGGGGUAACCUUCUAAGUAUUCUAUGUUUAAUUUAUGUAAGUUUUAACUGUAUGUCAAUUAUUAUAAUGCUCAUAAUAACCACACAUAUUUACUAUUAAAUAAAUAGGAUCAUUAAUACUAUUACUUGGUUUCUGGGGAACUGCCCACCUACCCCUCCCCUAAGCCAACAUAAUUUGACACGUACUUCUUACUUAGGGCAAAAUCAUGGCUUAAGGGAGGGGUAGGUAGGUAGUUUCCCAGAAAGUAACCUAAAUUUAUCCAAUAAUUCACUGCAGUAAAACUGUUCACAAUAGACCAUUUUUGGACUGACGUCUUGUUAUGUUCAGCCCUCAGUAUUUGAAUCAGCUCGCUCUGCUGAUUUUUCAAGUCUCCCAUUAAUCGUUGAAGACUGGAUCAAAGAUAAUGGAGGCACCUACAGCGGUGAGGGUUUUUUCGUCAUAACUAAAACCAUGUGACCUUGAAGUAACCAGUGAGAACAUAUGCUGUUGGAAAAAACUGAGUAAAACAUUAGGAAUCAAGGCAUAAGGCUCAUCCAUGUACAACAAACCUUUUCCAAGGGGAAAUCCAAACUUAAUUCCUAGAACUUCUCAAAGCUCAUCUCAGUCAGAGGAACAUAAUAUUAUAACGUCCUCACUGUAUUUGAAGAACUUGAACCUAUUGACCUAACGUUAGGUUUAAAUAUAACGUUUAAAUAUUACUUAUGGUGGCAAACCUAACUGGUGGUGUAUAAUGACAAUUUCAUGAUUAUGACCUUUUCAGUAAUUUUUUUGUCCUUUUUUUUCAGCCACUGAACCUGAUGGUAUGCAUGUCAUUAUUGACAGACAUCUCAUAACAGGACAAAAUGACACAUCAACACUAUCAGCUGUACAGAACCUCAUUCUUCUGUGCAAUGCAAGGUUAGAUUCCAAGUUUUAA